AUGACAGAGUUAAUGGCUAAGGAAAAAGCUGUCUUAGAAGCAUGGGCAGUUCGACGAAGGCGACUAGAUGAUUGUAUUUAUUUUAUGAAUCUUAAGCGUCAAAUUGAAGAUCUACUUGAACGUGUACAUAAUGUCCAAGAAUCAGUUGCUAGUAAAUCGACUGGCUUCACUGGUCCUGUUUGUCUUUCACACCUUAAUCCUUCAUUAUUGCAAGAGGUGUAUCGAGCUUGUGCAAGUUUGGAGUCCAUGAUAGCUUCAUCAUCUCCUUUAUCUCCCGGUCACACAACACAAAUGGAGGUGUUGUUACAACGUCUUCGUCUUUGUGAUUCACAAUCAGUUGCAGGAUCAACUGUUGGACCCAAUACUAGUGCUAUCGCUAAAGUUUGUAAAGACUCGCAGAAGUUGGAUCAUCAAUCUUCUGAGUCUAAAAAGAGUAGUACUACUCCGCCAUCCAAACUUGAUGUACAAACUCGACCAAAAACCCUUGAAGUUGAAUCUGAUAGGACAUCAGUGUCAAGCACAAGUAGUUCUGGGACAGGUGGUAGUACAAGCGCAAGUAUUACUAAUGACUCAUAUAUAGUAGCAUCUGCAGCUGCCGCUUCGGGUACAACACAAGAACAACGAAGAUUAGCACGUCGGCGGGAAAACUUACUCCGUGAACUAAUCCAAACCGAAAGACUUUAUGUACAGUCAUUAGAACAGUGUAUGGAAACGUAUCGUAAAGGUUUGGUUAGUCCGCCUAAAAUGUUAGCUGCUCAGUUGCCAUCUGGACUUGUUGGUCAAGUUGACAUUGUUUUUGGUAAUAUGCCCAUGAUAUAUGAAUUCCAUAAGGAAACAUUUGAACCUGAACUGGCCAAAUACACUGAGAGUGGUGAUUUCUUGCCGGAAGAUGUUGGACAUUGUUUUGUUGUGCAUAGUGAUCGAUUAGCUGAACUAUAUGUGGAGUACUGUGUGAAUAAUACGGAAUCCACACGACUUCUUAUUGAACAUGGACAGAGUUAUUUUCAAUCUUUACAGCCAUCAAAUUUCCAUAGAGCUACUGGAAUCAGUUUUGCUUUUCGUUUACGACGCCUCAAUAAUAUUCAAUUCAAUUGUUUCCUGACGAUGAAUUUAAGUUGCCUACUUGAUGAAAAUUGCAUUUUCCACUUUAUUUACUCUAUUAGAACUAAGUAA